AUGUAUACGAUAAAACUGUAUUGUGGAUCUAUCGGUGUAAAAUCCAAGUGGGAUAGCAAAGAUCUUACCGAUCCUGUCGAAUCGCACAAUUCCCGUGUCCCGAAGAACACGGGUGUUGACCGAACUCGACGGCAAUGCAGUGCCGAGACGAUCAGACGCAUGAAACAUCCGAGUAAACACAGAUGUACAUGGUCUGCUCCAAAAAUCCGCUUUGAAAGUGCCUCUGGUCUCAAUGAGACCAGCGCCGGCUUUCAAACCGACGAGAACAGAUACUAA